AUGGAACAUGCAUGCCUAGCCAGCUCACUUGAAUGCGUUAUUGUUGUUCUCUCCUUUCAGAUCAGCCUUCUUUCUUCUCUGGACAUACAGCAUGGGAAGAGGCCCCUUUCAUCCGAUGAUUCAUCGGAGAAAAAAGAAGAGGAAGAAGAACUCAAUAAUAUCUUUCCUGUCUACUCAGCUAGAUCUCAACAAGACAUGUCGGCCAUGGUUUCAGCUCUCACUCAAGUUAUUAGAAACACUGAUGUGCCUGCACCUGGAAGCUCACUAGCAAUAUGCAUGCCCCAGCGCGGUGCAACUGUGCCUCCUCAUCAGUCUCAACCCAAUAUUCAAGAUCAAGGGAACCAAAGGGGAAGACACUAUAGAGGUGUGAGGCAAAGGCCAUGGGGCAAGUGGGCAGCCGAAAUUCGAGACCCUAAAAAAGCAGCAAGAGUUUGGCUAGGCACUUUCGAAACAGCAGAGGCUGCAGCACUCGCAUAUGAUGCAGCCGCUCUUAGAUUCAAAGGAAACAAAGCUAGGCUCAACUUCCCUGAAAGAGUUCAAGGGAGAACCGAGUUGGGUUACUUAACAACUCAUCAAGACUCGCGUGUCAUGGCUCAACGAGUACUGUCUGCUGACCCGGUUGCUCCUCCUCCUCCUCAUCCAGUCCUUCUGCAUCAAAAUAUAUAUCCUAAUUUUGCUCAUUAUGCACAAGAUCUUGGUAGUGGGGAUCAUAAUUUGAACCACGCCAGACCAUCCGGUAUCUACCAUAGAGGAAUGUAUCUUUCGCCGUCUAUGUCUUCAUCUUCAACAUCCUCAUCUGCAUCAACAUAUAAUUGGCAACAAAAAGGAGGAGAGGUUAGAAGACUUCCAUCACAGUCCAGAAGUUCUUCAAGUUGUGAUCCUCCCAAGAAUUGGGAAGAUUUUAAUCCCAAUUUGGAUCACUCAAAAGGAUAG